AUGAUGCACCUGUUCAAAAGGCUCGUCGCCCGUGACGAUGAAAAAAGCAACGAUGAUAGACUUACUCCGGCCAUGAUCGAUCUUUUGAUCGCUCUUCUAGUCCUCCUUCUAGUCGGUAUCGCCCUGGUUGGUGCCCUUCUUGUUUUGCGCCGUAAGCGCCAAAAUCGGAAACGAUCCGAACUCCCGGUCCAUAACGGCCAGUGCACGACUCAUCACCGCAGCCUCACGAUUUCUGCGCCGCCAUAUGCUAAGACCGAAUCCGUUCUCGUCUACGAUGAGAAGAGGAGACUCAUGGAGAACUCGUCGAGCCCUCCACCCAGCCCUGUCCCGGAGAUCCGCAUUACGUUCCCCGAGGAGGAGGAUGAAUCUGGAAAGCGCAAAUCUGGACGCAUGGUAGUUGUGAGGAUUAGCGAUGCUGGUGGUGUGGGACUGGAGCCAUGCCAUGACGAACUGCCGCCAUAUCAGUCCAGUGAUGCAGAGCGUUUUCAAUCCUUGGACAUUGAGCGCAUGGGCGGCCUCAAGGAGAAAGAGGAUGUAAAAAGAUGGUCUUAA